UCAGUAACGUGACGGGCUCGGGACAAUUUGGACGCGUACCUUCCACAGCUCAACGGUUGACUCGAACGCGCGCGCGGAUUUUUCCUCCUUCGACGGGACGGGACGUUGAUCGAUUUCACUGAACAACACACGUUGAACCUCAUCUUUCGCCUGGAGGUCGGUAGAGGUUCCACUUCACAGAAGAAGGAACUUGUCUGGUGGGUUUUGGAGGUUGGUCAGACAUAUCGUUCUUUGGGUGUUCGACUGCAAAAGAAAAGCAGAAAAGUGAUUAUUUUUCCGAUGAUUUCUGCUGUCUGCGGUGUUGAGAGAAGGCGUUAGCGAAGAUCUGCCUCCGAUUCCGGUGUUUUUGAAGGCUGGGAGGUUGAAUUGUGGGGCUAGGGUGGGGUUUGAAGAACGAGGGCAUUUCGGUAUCGUUGCUUAAUUAUUCAAAUAUAUCCGAGCGAAAUGGGAAUGUACGGUUACUGGUUAAGGGGCCGCCACGCUCAUACAUCGAUGCUUAACGAUCCGAAUGGAAACAACAGCGUCUUGGGUUAUUACGCUGAUGGGGCGGAAGAAGAAGGACGGUAUGUGCGGGCACUAGCGGUGUAAUCGAUGAUGGUACGAAAAGUUCUCCGUGGCACUGAGUGAUAAAAGCGAGCUAAAGGGAAAGAAAAAGAGUUGUGUUUGUGUAAGAAGACGCGCCUUUUUAUGGGAGAAGGCUUCGCUUGCAGAAAUGGCAAUCGAGAAAUAGUGCUGUUCGGAGUGUGGAAUCCGCCCACCCUUUCCUGCCGUGUGAAAUCGAGCCAAGUCGGUCCAGCAAACAAGAAGAAAACGAAGAAAGUUGUGCAGAAGGGAAAAUCGAUGCUUUGAUACUGCGAGAGAGUGUGUGUUUCGUUGAAGGAGCGUAUUCUGCCAUUGCCAAAAAGUUCUGAACUCGGUGUAACUCCGAAUCCGAAGGCGGAUAGCCUCUUGUGUAUCGGUCGCAAGCGGCUGUCAGGCGUGAUGUUGAAUGGGCAGAAAUAAAUUUUAUUAUUGUUUUCCCUUCUUUCCACCUCGUUGACGCCACCCAGAAUUGCGGUGUACUCUUCGUGCAAAGUAAACUUGUCGUCCACGGAGAUUAGAUCCCAGCAGGAUAUCGCGUGUGUUUGAGUGGCAGUGUCAUAACAGAGACCCAAAUUAACAGAUAUCAUCUGAAGUCGUCGUUGUCGAGAGGACACUAACAAAAAAGAAAUCUGCCGAACGAGAAAAUAAUUCCGUGACUCCCUUCACGGAAUCCCCUCCCACUGGGAAAUCAAACAUCGGUUGUAGGCGCUUUUCUUCCGGGGAUAUAUUUGCUGCAAGAGAAGUGAACCAUUCAACACAUCAAAAAGAUUCAGUCCGGCAACAACGAAUCGAAAAUCGAGGCCAGUGAAGUGAAGCAGGUAUAGCAAAAGAAAAAACCCGAAUGCACCAGCAGGAAUCCAUUAUUCAGACGGAAUAGGAAAGGGUUUUCUACCUUGAAGUUGUGAAGUGUCCCUUUCUUUGCUGUCAUCGUCAUCGUCGUCGUCGCUGGCCAGUGACCUAGUAAACCAGUCGGCUAGAAUAUGUACAGUGAAUGGGAAUUGUCCUAGUGGAAAACAAGUGAAAAGUUACGAGAGGAAGAAAAAAACCGAAGGAAGGGUGAAGAUUAAAUUAGGUCUUCCCGGCAUCGCAUCAUGAAGAUUGAGUUGAAUUGUGCUACAGACACCUUUUACGUGACUCGAUAAAAAAGGGCGUCUAGCGUGCGGCAAAAACACCUGAUUAGUGUGAAACUUUUUGCAGAAAGAAACCUAAACAAAUCUCCCAAUGGCCCGGGAGCGGUCGUAACUAAAACCAAACCCACCACCGCACUAAAUUGCUCAUAAUCAACUCGAGAACCGGCUUUUCUGCGAAACAGUUCAACAUCCGAAAUCAACCCCCGCCGAAUGGAUCGCCCCGCGUAAACUUCCACGAAUCCCAUAACUUUUCCGGUAUUUCCCCCCUAAAACAGCUAUCAUCAUCAUCUGCCACAAAGAUCAUCACCGGCCUCAUAAUUCUUCUCUCCCCCAUCCCCCGUCGGCAGUGUGAGUAGAACCGGAACCAGCUGCCGUGAGCUUGAUGUGGAAUAAGCGACGCCUUCGACGCCGGUUCGAUGUUGCUCUCCAUGAUGAUGUAUCAAUGCUGCUCCUGCUGCAUGAUAGUUGUUGCACUAAUGAUAAUGCACUGUCUGGCCGCGCAUCAAUCACUCCCGGCAGAGGCCCCUUUCACGGAAUCGAUGGACGCUGCUGACGUCGUUCCGCUUGGGGACAUGGACCAUCGACGUCGGCUCAGUGACGCAAUGAUGAUGACGCACACCGGAAGUUUUCCCAGCGCUGAUGAUCCAAACGCGAUGGGGGAAGUAAUAAACGUGGAUGGGGAUAGUGAAUUGGGCGCGGGGGAGGUGAAACGGAAAUCAGGGUUUGAAGGUGGAAGCAGUAGAAACGCACUUAACGCAGAUGAGCUUGACGAAACGGGGAAAGGCUACCAGAUGAAGCUACAACGCGGUACAACGUUAUCAGCAGGGUCACCCAUGUCACCGAUGCUGAGCGACAGCGAUAAUCCAUUGCACACAACGGAUUCCGAAAUGAACACAAAUCCAUCAACACAACGAAGUCUGAGGCCCCAUGGCUCCACCUUAGUAGUAGCCGUAGUGACAUCGACCGUUCCGACCAGUCAGACUGGUGCUUCUUUGCAGUCCGACCUCCAGCAUGGUAAUCUGGACGACGACCAGAGCAGUGCCGAACAGCCCCAAAGCGUUCCGACGGCUCAGCAUCAGCAUCAACAACCACAGUCGGAAAAAGUGGCACCACCAUCACCUCAGCAACGCCACCGGACGAUCAACUCGAUGAAUCUUAAUCCGACGACACCGGCCAUGGUGGUGAAACCGGUCGACGAGCACCGGAAGCUGCUCAAAAGCACCGGACCCAUACUGAACUAUGUCUUCGAUUCGCAUCCACCGUACUACAAGUCCAACUACUACAACACGCGGUACGGUCCACACUUCGAAACGGACAACGUAACCAACAUCACGGUGCAGAACGGCGAUGAUUUAUUUCUAAGCUGUAGGAUAAGUUUGCUACAAGAUAAAACGGUAUCUUGGGUCCGACGGAAACACGGCGAAACGGACCUCCAGCUGCUAACGGUGGGGAAGCAAACUUAUUCAGGCGAUUCGAGGUACACGGUCGAGUUCCAGUAUCCGAACAACUGGAGGCUCAAAAUAGCGUCGGCGAACAAAAACGACGAGGGCGUCUACGAAUGCCAGAUAUCGACGCAUCCGCCCAAAGUGUUAAUCUACUACCUACAUGUGAAUGCGCCCGAGGUUCUGAUCGUAGACGAGGAGGGCGAACCGCUCUACGACAAAUACUACGAAGUUGGUUCAACGAUAAAGCUGAUGUGCCGAAUACGGCACAUGUCGAUGCUGCGAUCCGCCGUCUACUGGAUCCACAACGAGAACAUCCUGAACCACGACGUCCAGAGGGGCGGAAUCAGCGUCAAGACCAACCUCACCAACAUCGGUGCCAACUCGACGCUUUUCGUGGCCAAAGUGAACAAACAGGACUCGGGCAGCUACACGUGUUCGAUUGGACCAAAUCAGCACUACAGCGUCUCCGUACAUGUUCUGAAUGGUACCGCCAACCCGUACGGAAUCUAUCAGCGAUCGUGUGCCUUCUCAGCACUGCUCAAAGCAGUCGAUUUGAAUUUCAUCCUGAAGCAACUGCUCUUCCUGAUGCUACAGCGACUUACCAGAUAGCAGCAACAGCAACAUCCCCCUCAGAUGGGUCUCGAUGUCCUCGCUGAAAUUCUCCUCGUAGCCACCCCGGUCCUGCUGCUCCACGGAGGCGCAACGUCGCUGUUUGUGCUGUAAACUAGCUAAAAUAAUAUUGUAGUAUUUGUACAGAGGGAAGCAAAUAAGGUAAAGAAAACAAGCUAAGAAAUACACACUAUAAAACCCCCAAGACGAAGAUUCCGAAAACUCAAGGGCUAUGUAUGUAUAUUGAAACGGAAAUGUAGGAGGAUAAAAUCGUUGUUGUACACACUGCAUAGAUAACUAAAUCCGAAUGGAGCAUGUUUGAAAGAUAAGCAGAAUUGCGAAUAACGUUGGUUGCAACGUGCUGUGGUUUGCCAGCUCAAGCAGUGUGAUUUGCUCUGUUGAAGAUAAAAAAGGUUUAUAAAGACAGUCAAGACAUCUGAUCUAAUUUACCUACUUAAGAAAAACAAGAUUACUGGGGUGUAUCUCAACUUUAGUUAUAAUCGUUGAAGUUUUCCGUUUAGUCAAGUCUUGUUUCUAGGUUAGUUAUAUUUUAUACAAUAAAAAGUGGUGAAUAGCAACAUGUGAAAAUAAACCCCUGCAGCCGAAUUGAGAACGCAAUUCGAUUACGAGCGACACAAUAUUUUUGUAUGAUUGAACGUUUAGAUGAGAUUUAUAUUUUCCGUUUUCGAAAAAGACAAAAUUUAACAAACGUGUUACGUGUGUAAAAACUUGGAAAAAUAGAAAAUAAAAAAACAAUGAAAACUUAUCGAACUAUGGAAAAACACUGAACAAAAAACACAGCGAUUGUAUUUCUUAAGUAAAAUCUACUCCAUAGAAACGUAUUGAUAUUUAGGUAAAGUCAAACAAAACUAAAACGAACGAAACAAAAAAGUGUCGGUGACCCUGUGUCGGAAAAAGAUAAAUGAAAAGAAUAGGAUUAUUAAAAAAGAGUUGGAAAAUACAAGAAUGGGGAUACACCAUUUUUGGGACGAAUAAAACGAUUAGGUUCUUCAAGCACCUUUCAAAAUAA